AUGCCUUACCGUCCAAUUGCUCCUGUUCCUAUUCCAGCUCCGGUACCUCACUAUCAAGUUCCAGUUCCUCAAUAUCAAGCUCCACAACCUCAAUUCCAGGCUCCUCCACCUCAACAUCAACAGAGAAAUCAACAGAAUAAUCAACCACGUCCAGUUCAGCAGCAACGACCAAAUCAACAAAGGCCAUAUCAACAGUACAAUAAUGUGAAUACCACUCCUAUCCCAAUGAGUUACACUCAAUUGCUACCGUAUCUGAUUCAGAAUGGGACUGUCGUGCCAAGGGCAUUACCUCCAAUGCCGAAGCCGCAUAAGCCUUGGUAUGAUGAGAAUGCUAGAUGUGCCUUUCAUGCUAAUUCAGAGGGUCAUACAACAGAGAAUUGCAAGGUGUUCAAGCUUCGGGUCCAAGAGUUGAUAGAUCAGAAAAGUUUGUCUUUUGCUGAUGUUCCAAAUGUGGGGAACAAUCCUUUGCCUAAACAUGAUAGUUCAAGUGUCAAUGCUAUAGAAAGUUCAACUGAUGAUGGAUUGAUAAAGGAUGUGUUCAAGUUGAAGACUCUUUUAACAGUGGUCCAUGCUAGAUUGAUGGAAGCAGAAUUGAUGAAUGGAGUACAUGAUAGUUGUGUGGUGUGUUCGUCCAACCCUGAUCAGUGUGGUGAAUUCAAAAUUUAUCUUCAACCUUUGAUGGAUCAGCGGGUUAUUCAGUUCACUAGAGCAAAGACUGAUGAAGACGUUGCUGUGAUUGUGCCUGUGUUUGAUCAGGAGAGGCUUCCCAAGCCUUUUGUGGUCCCUUAUCAGAGAAAUGUUGACCUAGAGCCAGUGAAGAAGAUUGAGCCCAUGGUUAUGUAUGUUCCCGCUCCAUUCUCAUUUAACAGUACCAAAGCAGUGCCUUGGAACUAUGAGCCUGUAGUUUAUGUGGGUAACAAACUAGUAAUCUUGAAAGAGCCAGAUGUGACUAACAUCGCUGGAGCUAGUGGUGUGACUCGAAGUGGAAGGGUUUUCGCUCCUGGAGUGAUCCCAGACAAAGAAAGUGCACCAACAGUUGAACCAACAAAGGGGAAAGAGGUGAAUCCUAUAGAAGCAGGAGAAGGCUCAUCUAAGAAAGCAGUGACUGCUGAAGAGGAUAGAGAAUUCUUGAAAAUCAUCAAGAAGAGUGACUACAAGUUCUUGAACAAAGCUUAUGUGGCAGAGGACAUCAGUGUUAUUCAGUUUGAUAAUGUGGUUGCUAAUCUCAAUGCUAGUAGUUGUUUGAUGUUCACUGAUGAUGAUUUACCCCCUAAUGGGCGAGAACAUAAUAUGGCGCUUCAUAUCUCCAUUCAGUGUACAAAUGUUACUUUGGCUCGAGUACUGGUAGAUACAGGUGAAGACAUUGUUGAAACUCCUCUCCAAGCCCUUGAAGUGGUCAAUGUGGUACAGACUAAGCCGAAACUUGUUGAAGAACCCAAGGGGGUCAUGACCUCGUGGAAGAGUGUGAAAGCUGCAAUUGAAGCUGGUUGCCCUGGAAGUUGGGGCACAGUGAUUGAAUUACCAAAGAAGAAAGACAAGUGUGGAUUAGGAUAUCAGCCGUCUAUUGAACUUUUCAAAGAUCAGAAGAUACAUCAGGGGAAGGUUCCUAGCAUCCAGGAAAUAUUCUCCAAAGCUGGUUUUCGAAGUGAUAAUCAAGUGAAUGCUCUUGAAGAUGAAGAUCCAGAUUUGUCCAAAAUGGUGUUUUAUGGACCUCCAGAUGCCGCUCACACUAACUGGAAGGCAACAGAUGUUCCGGAUAUAGUUUCUUUUUCAAAGUAA